AUGAAUUAAGAAGUGGAAAGCAAAGAAACUAAGGAAUAGAAAGAGCAAAUUGAAUAAGAAUCCGAUGAAAAUGAGAAGAAUGACAAAAAAGAAUAGACAUAAUAAUAGGAGUAGAAGAAGAAGAAGAAGAAAAAUAAAAAGAAGAAGAAAUGGGGAGAAGAAGAAGAAAUUAUGACUGAUUUUGAUGAUGAUUGGUAGAAUAAAGUUAAGACAUCCAAGAUAUUACAAGACCCUGAUCUGCCUUAGCAUAUUAAAGAAAAAUAUGCGAUUUAUGAAAAUAAUCCAUAUAUGAUGAUAGUGUCAAAUGUGCCUCUGAAUGUCUAAUUGAAAGAAUUGGAGGAAUACUUUAAUACUCUCAUCACAUCUCUUGAUCCCAAAAUCACCGAAAGACCUAUUAAGGCUAUUGAAUAUGGGGCGACAAAGUCUUGGGUAGUGUUGGAAUGCAGUUCCAAAGAAGCUAAAAGGGCCUUGGUGACUCAAGAUUAGGUCUAAUUCGUGAAUAAUUGCAAAAUCAAAGUAGAAAAACCAAGAAAAUUUCUAGAAAGGAUAUUAAAUCCACAGGCCAAGGAAGCGGAAUUAAAUGCAGAUCAAAAAUAGGAGGACAAUACAAGAUUAUAUUUGGGAGGGCUACCUACUUAUCUUAGAGAUGAGGAUGUGAUGAAACUCAUACAAUCCUUUGGAACAACUAAGUACUUUAAUUUAGUUAAAGACACCACAUCGAAUACAGAGAUUUCAAAAGGUUAUUGUUUUUUUGAAUAUGAAAAAACUGCCUCAACUGCUAAGGCUUUAAAGGCACUGAACAAUUUGUAGAUUGGAGACAAGAAAUUGAAGAUAUGCAAAAAAAUUAAUGGAAGAGAUCAGCCUUCAAAUUAUGCUGGUUCAUUUUUGGCUUCAUGUGAUUUAUUGCGAAUCCCAUAAGUGCAAUAGAUGUUAACAAUCCCUUAGUCAGCAUUGAUUCCAAGCAAGGUUGUGCAAUUCUUGAAUAUGUGCUCAAUUGAAGAUCUGUAUGAAGAUGACAUAUAUGAAGAACUGAUGGAGGACAUUAGAAGCGAGUGUAUACGUUUUGGUUAAAUUGAGAAGAUAGAAAUACCAAGGCCAGACAAAGAUUCAGGUUUUUGUAACCCAGCUGUAGGAAAGAUCUUUGUUAAAUUUUAUUAUUAAAUUCCUGCAAAGAAAGCUAAAUUCCAUCUAGCAGGUCGUACAUACAAUAAGAGAACUAUUAUUACUUCUUUUUAUCCUGAGGAACAAUUUGAUUAUAAGGAUUAUUUGAUAAAUGGAUGA